AAAGCUCGCCUUUGUGCAGCGUAGGACUGGACUGGACAGGUCAGAGAACUCUCUCUCUCUCUCAAACCCAGAGAAAAUUAGAAAUGGAUGACCAGUAUCAUGGCCUGCUUGAUUUCCGGCAUUUCAUGGCCGGAAGAACUCGUUUUCCCGCCGUUACACAACCAACCGGCGAGCCAUUCUUUCUCCAGAAGAAUGUGGUGCCGACACAACUCCAGUACGAGGCCAUCAUGGUUGGUACUGAGGCUUUCCCUCGGGGGCUGGUUGGGUUUAGUCACGAUUCCAUGACUAGUACUAUCUCUCCGACAACAGCCUCCACAGCCAGUUUAGCUGCUACACUCUCUGGUUCAGUCCAGAUGGAAAGUUCUGGAUGGAUGGGAACAUAUGAUGGUGGAAAUAGUACUAGAUGGCCAAGGCAAGAAACUCUCACCCUUCUUGAGAUCAGAUCUCGUCUUGAUUCAAAGUUCAAAGAGACUAAUCAGAAAGGACCAUUGUGGGAUGAAGUUUCUAGGCUAAUGGCUGAGGAAGGAUACGAGAGAACUGGGAAGAAAUGUAAAGAGAAAUUCGAGAACUUGUACAAGUACUAUAAGAAAACUAAGGAAGGCAAGGCUGGAAGGCAAGGUGGGAAGCAUUAUAGGUUCUUCCGGCAGCUAGAAGCAAUAUAUGGAGAAGGAAGCAAAUGCAAUAAUCAUGCCUCAGUUUCAGAUCAUACCCAUCUCGCUAGGAAUAGCAGCCUGCCUGGUCAUGACGAUCAGAACCCAAAUAACGUAACCAACCGUGAAGUUCUUCAGAACAAAAUGCUAUGCAAGAGCCUUAGUUUCUCUAACUCGUCUGAAUUCGAGACUUCAUCUUCAGAAAAUAAUGAUGAUGAUCUUUCCGCUAUUGCCUUCAUGAUGAAUCAGUCCAAGGAGGAGAAGAAAGUGAAAAAUGAGAGACAAGGUUUCACAAGGAACAAGAAGAGCUGGAAAUCAAAGGUUGAGGAGUUUGUGGACGCACAAAUGAGUAAGAUGAUGGAUGCACAAGAUGCUUGGAUGGACAGGAUGUUGAAGAAUAUAGAGCGUAGAGAGCAGGAGAGGUUGUCUAAAGAGGAAGAAUGGAGAAAGCAGGAGGCAGUCCAGUUUGAUCAGGAAGUACAUGAUAUCUGUACACAGAAGAGAGCGUGGAUUGAAGCUCGAGAUGCAGCAAUAAUGGAAGCUUUAAAGAAAUGUAUAGGAAAAGAACUCCAAGUAUCGCUAUCGGCUCAUGACUUAAUGGCGGCUGUAGAAACUCAAAGUCACAAGGAAGCCCAGGAUGAAAGGAGGAAGGAAAUUCCCUUUAGAACUGUAAACAACAGCAGAUCAUGGACUGAAAUGGAAGUUUCAAGUUUAAUACAGCUGAGAACCAGUCUGGAACUGAGAUUCCAAGAAGGUAGCAGGUAUUUGGAGGAAAGUCUUUGGGAGGAGAUAGCAGCAAAAAUGGGCUCCUUAGACUUUGACCGAAGUGCUGUCGACUGUAAAGAAAAAUGGGAAAACAUCAGCAUCUUUUAUAACAAGACGAUGGAGUACUGUAACGAGAAGCGUGAAGAUCAUCAUCAUGAGGAUUUGGAUUUGAGGACCAGAGCUGGAGGUUAUUUUGAUCAGCAGCAACCUAAUUCGUAUCUUGACCAAGAAACUUGCAGACAAAGGCCGCCUGAGAGCAUGGGAGUACUUCAACUGAUGAAGGAGGGUACUGAUCUUCCAGCUUCAAGUUCAUCCAGUCAUGUAGGCCGGGCCGAUGUCCAUCCUCACAGCUUUUACCAUGGAGGAGAAAAAGUGUGGCAGAAAUAUGGUGUAAGAAGCAUUAAUAGCAAGGGGAAAAGGCAGCAUUAAGCUGUUUAGCUCAAGCAAGAAAGAACUAAUUCAGCUCUUCUCGAAAGUACACCUCGUUAGUUGUAACUUUUUGAGAAGGUAAAGAUCAAUUAUAUGUGGAAUUCUGUAGCUUGGCUAGAUAGGUUUGCUUUUCAUUUACUGAAAUUUUUGUGAUUUUGGAACUCAAUUGUCUGAUUGCUUUCAAUUUCCUUUUCCAUUAUUUGGAAGGGAUAAGUAGUUUAAAUUAACCUUUUACAAUGAUUCUAAUGAGUUUCAAUUGUAACUUUGAAUAUUAUAAGUCUUAUAGGUAUUAAGUCGUGAAACCUAUUGGGUAAGC